GUAGGAGCAACUCGCAGAACAGCCAGUGGGAGAUCUGAUCUGAACAAAACCUUUGAAAUCCUCGCUCAGUCAUAAAUAGUUUUCCAGACUUUGAAUGGCAGGAAUGGACCCAGGUUACACUACAAAACGUCUUGCAAAAUGUUGUUGACACAGAACUGCAGAUUAUCAACUACCCCUUGACCUGCGCAUCAUAUCAACAACUGCUGACUGGAUUAGACAACGCGUUUGAUUUAAUGAGUGAGGAGUCACGGCAGUCUGUCUAUCGCAAUUGUAUCCAACCACAGUUUGAGUCAGUUACGACAACAUCAGGUGUUAGGUGUGGAAGUGCAACAGAAAAAGCUGAAAUCUGGGUCCAAGCAAACUUUGCCAGUUUCUCCUCAUACAUAGAGAUCAGCGAAUAUACAUCAUGGAACAUUAACUACAAUGCUGUUAAUGAUAUCACAAAUUUGAGCCCUAACCAGCUGGCUGACGUUGCUGUCUCUGCAGUCAACAAUGAGGAUGUUGCUUGCCAGGUUGCAGCCAGGGUGCGGCAGUAUGAUGUCAGUAAUGUCAACGGCUUCCUGGGUUCACUGUCUGUGACUCUGCAGCAGAAAAACCUCAGUUUGGUGUCAAGUGUGGUCGGCUCUGAUUUCCUGUCUUCAUCUCUCUCCAUCAUCAGUGGCUCUCUAUCCUCUUAUAGCUCUAGCGAUUGGGAAGGCUUGGUGUCUAAUCUACAACCAUUAUUGUUCAGCAUAAACUCUAACCAGUUGUCCACCCUGUUGGAAAAUGCUGACUGCAAUACAUACAAAAUUAUUUUGAAUCAGUUGAAUAAUAAUUUUGACCGCUUCACACCUGAGAAUCGCCAGAAUCUAUUUGGAGUUUUGUAUGGCUAUAUCAGCAGAAAAAGAACUGAUUCAGGUUUCUGUCUUCAGAGUGGAGAUGACAACACCGCUACAAUCACAAACUCAAUAGGCAAAUUUUCAUCUUAUUUGAGUUAUUCCCAGAUCAAGGAAAUCAAUCCCAAUUUCAGUUGGGUGUCUGGAGUGAGCCUCCUGAGCACCAGCAAUCUGGCCUCUGUGACCCUCAACGAAAAUGUAUUUACUGAUGAAGCCCAGGCCAACGCUGUCAUUGGUAGACUGGAGCAGAUGUCUUUCACAGACAUAGAUGCAUACCUCAAUGCCUUCCAAAUAACUGCACAGGAGAAAAACCUAGUGGCCAUUCAACGUGGUGACCUCUCACAGUCCAUCUUCAGUGCCAUCUUUGCCAAAGUCUCAGUACAAUUUACCUCUUUCACCAAUAUCCAGUGGAGUAACUAUUUUGGCUCAGGUUCUGCCUUAUUCAGCUUGUUCUUCCCAUUCUUCCAAGUGAGCCACAUUAAUCAGAUACCUUUAAACCUCAACUGCGGGGCUUUCCAGUCUGUCGUAUCUGGGCUUAGCAGUUCCUACGGACAAUUGCAAGGCGACGUACAAGCUGCAGGUUAUAGUUUUAUCAAGUCAUACCUCUCAGGACAAAAACAAUCAACUGGUUCUGCAUGCCCCAUCUCAGGCAACAGUGGCAAAUGGCUUGUUCUCAAUUUUGGUGAAUUGCGUGCACAAGCCUCCAUAGCUGAUAUUUUUGCUAUAAACCCAGGCUUUAUUGUUACGGAUGCAGUGUCAUAUCUUUCAGCUCAGCAGCUGGGUAGCUAUGUGGCCAACAGCAAUGUCUGGAUAGACCAGAACCAGAUUAAUAUAGUAUUUUCGGUACUGAACAGCCAAACCAUCGGUUCCUUCCUGGAUUCUUUCAAUGCAGCAGCUGAAGCGAAUGGAAUCACUUCAAUCGAAAGUGGAGUUGUUAGGAAGAACUUCCUUGGCGAAAUCUUCUGCAAGGUUGGAUCUGGCUUUUCGUCCUUCACUUCAGCCAAUUACGGGGACUUUUUUGUGAAUAAGCUCAAGAUGUUCAGCUCAUCCCUCGAUGCCAGGUCCUUCAGCUACAUUCCAACAGAUAUAGGCUGUGAUGCCCUUGCUGAAAUCGUGCAACCCUUAAUCGGUCUUACGAAUCCUGAAAACCCCAGUGCUGUCUUUGACUUUGUGAACUCAGUCCUGUCAAACACAGGUUCUGCCUGCGUUGGUGACCUUGACACAAGAUCAUGGGUAAAUAGAUUCUGGGGACAAUACUUGAGAGCAGGAUCGUGGAGUGCUAUUGUCACAUUGUAUUCAAGCUUCGAUGUGGGGUCUUGUGCAGAUCUUUUGAGCUCCACCCAGCUGUCUGAUGCGGCUUCUGGAUCCAACGUCAUGCACAAUGUUACAAUUAUAACAAAUGUGAUGGUCACCUUCAAUGGAAACGUCACCGCUCUGUCCGAUUUCAUAGACACGUUGCGGCAGUAUAUUGCAUUGGACCCAACUCUGAUAUCAAACUCAAAAGUGAAAGAUACUGUGCUGGAUGCCGUUGCACAGUCCGUCCUCGUCCAAUUUGAAACCUUUACUGCGGCACAAGUCCAAGAAUGGAUGAACAGAAUCGCUUUCCUUCUACCGUCAUUCAAUGCAACCUUUUUAGAAUACAUACCUGUCACCAUUGGCUGUCCACAGUUACAGGCCUUUGUCUCUGGCAUGGAUGCAGUGUAUGCAAGUCUUACACCAGUAAGACAGCAGGCUGUAGCAAGCUUCAUUCAAAAGGUCUUGAGUGGUAAAUCAAUCAGUGCAGAAGAUCCAUGUGUUGGCAGCUUGAGCACAAUUCAAUGGGUAAUGCAAUACAUUGGCCAAUAUUGCAAACUUCUGUCAACUGACACCAUAGCAGAGAUUUACCCAUCUGUGGACAAAGUAAGUUAUGGAUCGUAUUGCACCUUAUCCUAGACUUGAAAAAGCUAAAAGAUACUUCUGGAAGAAUAAAUAUGAGCCCUCUUCUCGUUCCGCUCUAAUCCUACCCGCCGAUGCUGUAAGGGUCUCUUGGGACAUACUCUAGAUUGUCACCUGAUUUCCUGUAUUUUUAUUUUUAUUUUAAUUUGCUGGGAAUUGAGCAGUGUCCAUGUGGUUCACAGUCAGGUCACUAGUUCAGUGAUUAAACAAAUUGCAUAAACAGAUAA